AUGAAGUCGUCUCUCCGUGGUCCCUUGAUCUUCAUGCUUGGUGUAACUUUUUCCGGAUUUUUAUUUUCAUUGCAUUAUACAAAGAUCAGAGAAUAUCAGUUAACUGCUGAAAUUCCUUAUCAAGCAGUCUCGGAUAGUGUUGCAUUACAGAAAUCAGUUACAGUAGCACAGUCCAGAUUAGUACCCUCCACUAGCAAAAUCGAUGAGUUGCCACGUGGCAGUACAGCGGUACCGCUUCCAAAGAAGGAAGAGGACUGCAAUUGUGUCUCCCAGAAAACUGGUCACUCCCAUAAUUUUUGCUAUAUGGACCCGCAAAAUGUGUCAUCGAUAGGAAAGCAAUUUAGCUGUAAUCAUUUGGCGACUUUGGAAAGAUUAAAAUUGGUGGACAACACUGGUCCGUUCAUUGAUCUCUCAAAUACGGCUGAAAAUACCAAAGAAGUAAUUUUCGUCUCCGCUGUAUCCGACAAUCACUUUAAUGAAGCCACUGCCUCCAUCGACGCUUUCUACAAGUUUUACCCUCGUCGAAGAUUCAUUUUAUAUAGUUUGGGACUUGGUGAAAUCUACAUCACCAAUAUCAAAAAAGAUUUCAAGUAUCUGGAAGUCCGCGUUUUCAAUACAUCCAGAUAUCCGGAAUAUGUUACUCAUUGGAUGACAUAUCGAUUUAAGCCACUGAUCCUUGCAGAAGUUAUGACAGAGUUUACAAAUAUUUGGUGGAUGGAUGCACAUAUUGUGACGAAAAAGCCAAAUAUGAUUGAGACUUUUUAUAAGGAGCUGGAGGAGAGGACGAAAAAAAAUGAUACGGAUAUUCCGGUCCCAAUUUACUUUUUCAUUCAUGCCAGUCACAGUAAUUUUGCCACAUUGUUUCCACAAGUAUUGACCUACUUCCCGUCCAAUUCACAAGCUCUUCUAAAAAGUGAACAACAUGGAUCUCAACUAGGAGCAAACACAUUUUUCGUAGGGCGAACCGAAUUUAAGCCAUUGAUUAUGGCUGAAAUGUUAAUGGAAUUUCGGCAUGUUUGGUGGAUAGAUGCACAUAUGAAAAUGGUUCUGCCAAUUGCCAUUAGGAGCUUUUUCGAUGAAGUGGCGAGAAAUCAAUCGACAGAUGACGACUACUCGUCAAUUACAUCUUUCAGUAAUUCUAACCAUAGUAACUUUGCAACGCUGGUUCCAGGACUUCUCGAAUACUUUCCAAGCAAUUCUCUUAAUCUUCUGAAAUCCUCGUAUCAGGUUCAAGCAGGAAUCAUUUAUUUUUCUCGAACCGAAAAGACAAUGGAGAUUUUCAAAUGGUUCGUACUCUGUGCUCUCGACGAAGAUUGCAUGAGUCAUCCAGCUGGAACCAACUUUGACUGUUAUCUUGGACCCAAUAGAAUGGAAUACUUUGCCAAUUGUUUCCGAUAUGAUCAAUCGGUUUUAAAUCUCUUAUUGCUGAACAAGUAUAAAGACCAUAACAAAUAUUAUACUCCUUUGAAUGGCACAUUUAUUCGAUAA